CAUUCAUCACAUCACCCCUCUGUUUCUCUGCUUCUCUGUAUUUCGUUUCGAAAAGAUGUUUAGAAAAGUCAGACUAUGUUUUCUCUGUAUUUGCUCCAUUAUUAUAUGCGUAUUGAUCCUUUUUUCUAUCGAUCAAUAUUCUCGAGCAAAUUUCAAUCAAGAACUCAUACGUAAUCUGCAAAACACAAUUUCAAUUACUCAGGAGCCUUCCAGUAGUGAACGGAAGGAUGCUGCUGAAGUUUUUCCAGAACAGCGAAAUCGAGUCCAUGAUUCGGUGAUCAUACCUGAUUUUGAAGUUUUGGUUUUGGUUUCACCUGAUCAUAACCAAUUUUCAUCAUUAGAUUUUUAUGAUAAUAUUUAUUGUUUGUUCCAAAAUAAUUCGACUUCCCCAGCUAAAUCCACAGGAGUUUUACCUUCUUCUGGAGCUAAGAUAUUCAAGUGUAUUAUCCCGGAGAACUUACGUGAUUUGAAAUCAAUUCACCCGCCAAUUCUUACGACAUCACCAGAAGAUUAUUAUUAUUUAUCAUCAGACGAGUCAUUGAAGAAGAAGGUAUUUUCAUGGAAUAUUUCUGUGUGCUAUGAUUCUUUCUCUACCGAUGAAGACGUAAUUCUAUUCGUUAAAGGAGUUAACAAGAAUCAUGUAGCAAUUAACAAAACUCCGUCGGAGUUUAAAUGCUUAUUCAGUAGCGGUGUUAAUAGUAGUAACACUGCCAUAACAUCUGUUACAAGUUCUUCGCAGGAGGUAUUUCGUUGUUUGCACCCAACCGAGACAGAAAUUCUUGGUUUAGGAGAUGAGAAGAUCAGAGUUUCCCUCCAAGUAAAAGACUGGGUUGUUCCAUCCAUCGCAUAUUACACACCUCCUGCACGUAAUUUAAUGCGUCCAGAAAAGAAACUAUUAUGUGCGUCUACUAUGGUGUACAAUGUGAGUAAGUUUUUGAGAGAAUGGGUUAUUUAUCAUUCAAAACUAGGAAUUGACAAGUUUAUAUUUUAUGAUAAUGAUAGUGAAGAUGGUUUGCAAAAUGUUGUUGACGGACUCGGAGGAGAUUAUAAUGUUGAUAUUGAGGUAAUAUUUUGGCCUUGGCCUAAGACACAAGAAGCUGGUUUCUCACAUUCCGCUAUACGUUCUCGAGAUUCUUGUACAUGGAUGAUGUACACUGAUAUUGAUGAGUAUGUAUUUUCCCCAAAAUGGGUAGAUACAUUAGAACCAUCAGCUGAUAUGUUGACAUCUUUAUUGCCGAGUAAUAUCUCUUCAUUGCCGUUUCAGAAAAUUGGUCAAGUAGAGAUUUUUUGUUAUGAAUUUGGUCCGUCUAAUCAGAAAGUACACCCGGUUGAGGGAGUUACUCAAGGAUACACAUGUAGAAGACGGAUAUUGAACAGGCAUAAAUCGAUUGUAUUACUAGAUGCGAUUGAUACAUCUUUGUAUAAUGUGAUACACCAUUUUGAGUUAAAAGAUGGGUUUCAUGGGAGAAAAAUGUCAUCUAGAGAUGCGGUGGUUAAUCAUUACAAGUAUCAAGCGUGGUCAGAAUUUCAAGCAAAGUUUAAAAGAAGAGUGUCCGCUUACGUUGCAGAUUGGACAGACCCGGUGAACCCAAUGUCCAAGGAUCGGACCCCAGGUUUAGGAUUCGAACCAGUUGAGCCAAAAGAUUGGGGUACACGGUUCUGCGAGGUCGAAGAUACGGGCCUGAAAAUGCUCACUCAAAAAUGGUUUGGGCUGGUUUCUUCCGAGGGGCAUAAAAUGGUUUGGCAAGAUGCCUAAGGUGUACAUACAUACAUACAUGUUAAU